GUUAGGUCUCUACGUUAUUGCAAGGUGCAAGGGUUAACACAGUUGAUUUACCUUCUCUCCAAACUACUGAAGACUGAAGGUUGUGGAUCACAAAGAGCAUUGAACACAGAAUGCACACAUACGAGUUCGACGUUACUUACAACUUCUAACCUCGCACUAUUAACCUGUUGUCCUCGUUAUCAGAUUGUCUUAACCGCACCCUCGCGUUAUUUAUGAUUGUUGUCAAUUGAUUUCCUUAUCAAAUACUCCAGUCAUGUUCAAUUGAUCACUAGAACUGAAUGUUAACUUCGUUUGUUGCUUUUCGAGUCAUAAAUGAAUCAAUCUCGUUCUGUUCUUAAACAGCUAAAACAUUUUUCGUGUGUACGUUAUCUAGCAAUAGGUCUCUCUGAUAAUGGAAAUUUUGUCUUCUCACAGAAAAGUGUCGGUGCUGAUGUUGAUGUGGUUAACUAUAAUACACCUGGAAUUUAUUUUACAGCUUACAAUCCAGAAGGAUUUAUUUUAAAUACAGGUGUCAAGGUGAUUGGACCAUGCACUGCUUUUCCGCGGUUCGCUCUUAGUUGGAAGGUGAAAAAUGCUUUGGAUAUUUCUGAGGAGUCUUUAUCUUUGCUUUUCAUGCUGGAGCCUCCACUUGAGGUUCUUAUCAUUGGUAAGGGAGAAACAAAAAGCCCAGUUGACUACCAACGAAUACUAAAUAUAUGCUGGAAGCAUCGUCUGCCUGUGGAAGUGAUGUCAACACAUCAUGCUAUAGGAACAUUUAACUUUCUGAAUUCAGAAAGACGGUAUGUAGCUGCAGCUGUCAUUCCUCCACGUCGUCUUGAUGUAUAUGAUGAAGCUGAUAACAAAGCCGCGCAUCUACUAUUGGAUAGAGAGAGUCAACAAUCAGACGAAAUACCUCUACUGAGUCCAACCAGCACUAAAUUGUUGAAAUCCAGUGAUUUUAAAGGAGAUAUUAUUGUUUCGCGUUCACCUUUGAUAAGUUGUAAUACACCAUCCUCCACGUCAUUGCCUUCUGGAAGUGAAGAAAAAACAUGAACUUAGCACUCCGGUGUUUGUAUAUAUGUGAUUAGACAUUAACACGUGUUUUUACCCUGUUGUUCACUAUUGUGCAUAAUAAACACCUAGAUAGCAUAA